ACUUCCUCGUUCCUCCAUUGUUAACGAUCUAAGCAGACCCCAAUCAUGUUGCCCCUUCUUUGGACUGUGCUUUUUGUUCACAUUGCUAUCUAUCUUGUGAAUACCAUUGGCGCAAGCACGAUUGACAACCUAUUAUGGCUCCUCUACCUUAGGUUACCAACUACAACAUCCAGCAAGUUCCGCGAGCAAAACCGUUUGAAGCGCGAAGUUGUUCAGCUGAAACGGGACAUGAACAACACCAGCUCGCAAGAUGAGUUUGCGAAAUGGGCAAAGCUACGCAGGCGACACGACAAGUCAAUGGAGGAAUAUGAGGCUAUGAACAAGGAGCUUGCGUCGCAAAAAUCAUCUUUUGACUGGGGUGUGAAAGCGGUCCGUUGGGUCGGUACAAGUGGCCUCAAGUUCUUUUUGCAAUUCUGGUACUCGAAAACGGCUGUCUUCAUGUUGCCGGAUGGCUGGGUGCCUCACUACGUGGCCUGGGUUUUGUCGUUUCCUCGCGCUCCCUUCGGGUCCGUGAGCAUUCAGAUUUGGAGCAAUGUGUGUGCCACGACAAUUACAACUCUGGCGGAAGUCGUUACGGCAUUAUUAUUGCAGAUGGGUACCGGAGCGGCGAACCCCGUUCCUGGUCCUGCUGGUACUUAUGUGGAGACGAAGAAAGGGCAAUGA